AUGGAGAGUAGCAAGAGGGGCGACGUGCAGAAGGAGCGCGAAGCCGUAGCGGCGGUGGUGCAAGCGGAGACGCGUGCGGCCGAAGUGGAAGGUGGGAGUGGCGGCGAGGGAGGAGGGGGUGUGAAGAGGACGGUGAGAGAGCAAGGAAAAGAAGAGAGAAAGGGAAGACCAACCAACGCCGAAAGACUGGUGAGAGAUAGAGCGCAAAGUUACGGCUCAAUUUUAGAUUACAUUAGUGUAAAGAGGAAAAGAAGAGAGAUCUCUCCGGAAAGUGAAGAACAAAAAGCUAAAAGUAAGAGAAGCGUAUUGGAAGGUGCGCGGCGGAUCGAUUUGGAGAGAGAGGUCUGUUCGGUGGAGGUAGAGAGAGAGGUUUGUUCGGUGGAGGUAGAGAGAGAGGUCUGUUCGGUAGAGGUGGAGAGAGAAGUGGAAGACACAAACGCAGAGAAGAUGGGGGAACAAUGGGAAAGUAAGAGCGAGAAGGAAAUCAUGUUAGAGUUGUUGAAAAGGUUUAACGAAGAAAAAGAUAAUACAAAAAGAGAGAUGGAAAAAAUGAAGGAAGAACUAUUAAAGGAAAUAAACUAUAUGAGGAAAGAGGAUAGGAGAUACCGGGAAGAAACGAAGAGGAGACUGGAUAAACUGGAGGAAAGGAUAGAAAAUAGCGAAAGAGCCACGAAUAAAGAGGAAGUAAAGAACAGACUAGAAAUAUUAGAAGCAAGGUCAAGAGGAGGAAUAUCGAAAGCCAGAACAGACCAGAGUGAAGCAGAAAAGGAGAUACAGGAAAUAAGGAAGAUCAUGGAAAGGAAAGAAAGAGAGGAAAGGAAGCUAAACGUGAUAAUUAAAGGUUUAGAGACAAGUAGUCAAGGUAAGAAUCUAGAAAGUGAAAUAGAAAAAUUCUUAAGAGACAACAUAGAGACGAACGUAGAAGUUGAAACAGCAAGAGCAAUAAAUGGAGGGAGAAUGAUUCAAGUCAAAUUCAGAAAAUGGGAAGAUAGAAAUAAGAUCAUGCAUAAUAAGAAAAAGUUGGGAGAUAAGAAGAUUUACAUAGACAAUGACAGGACGAAGAAAGAAAGAGAGGUACAGAAAAAUAUAGUAGCCCAUGCGAAAGAAUAG